CCAGAAGAGGGCAUUCGGAUUCUGCACGACAAAGUUCUUUGACACGCAGACGCGAUUAACAAGAGCCUGCCUCUGUAUCUCAGUGCCGAGCAGCGAGAACGAGAGAAACACUUAGGCAACGUCAUGGACGAGGAUUUGAUGGUUGGGUCAUGUGGAUCAUUCUUCGUUGACGCUAUAUAACUGGACAGAACGCGGGGACUCGCCACUGUGCGCCCUGCGCUGGACCAGCCUCAGCAUCCUUCAAAGAAAAGACGCCUGAGUCGAAGCGACACGGGCUUGGGAGCGUUAUUGUUCGUUUACCGACCUGUCUUAACGUGCUGAUGAAGUUUGAAAGAUGGAUUUUUGCGGAUAUGCGUCGCUAUGGAUGACUUGGAUGUGACUUGCUCAUACUGCGGUAGCGCCUCCGGCUGGAACUUGAAUACGCGGGACCCAAUGUAUCGUGCCAAAAAGAUGAAGAGGAAGUUCUGAAACAGGAUUGUCUCCUUUCGUCGCCCAGGAGUGGAUAUAUCUGAUACUCGCUUUUGCUGGAUAGGAGGAUAAACAUCUCAAGUGUGUAGGCUCCGGAGUUGGCGUCUGCGCGCAGAGACCGGACCGGCGGAUCGGGACGGUACCUGUCUGAGGAGAACGCGUAAUGCAGGAACGGAUGUCUCGUUUUAAAAGCCAAUAAAACCCGUGGGCUGGAGCUGACAGAUACGCGGAUAUGGGCUCUGCUCUGCAGCGUCGCUGGCUACUAGUCCAACUCCUGAUGCAGGUGUGGCUGGCUGCGAGCCCAUCGCUGAGUGAGCGUCCAUGCCCGAAAAGCUGUCGAUGUGAUGGGAAAAUUGUGUACUGUGAAUCAAGCGCAUUCCGAGAUGUGCCCAAGAACCUUUCUGGAGGUUGCGAAGGUUUGUCUCUGCGGUACAAUAGCCUCAAGAGUCUCCGGGCAGGACAGUUUGUUGGCCUAAACCACCUCAUCUGGCUAUAUUUGGACCAUAAUUACAUUGCAACCGUGGAUGGAAUGGCCUUUCAGGGGGUUCGCAGAUUGAAAGAGCUCAUCUUGAGUUCCAACAAGAUCACAUCACUCCAUAACACCACUUUCCACCCAGUACCCAACUUGCGAAACCUGGACCUUUCGUACAACAAACUUGAAGCUUUGCAGCCAGGUCAAUUCCAAGGUCUGCGGAAGCUUCUGAGCCUUCAUGUUCGCUCAAACUCUUUAAAAACCCUCCCAGUGCGUCUUUUCCAAGAUUGCAGAAAUCUUGAAUUUCUCGAUCUGGGCUACAACCGUUUGAGAAGCAUUAACCGAAAUGCUUUCACGGGACUGGUGAAGCUUACUGAGUUGCAUCUGGAGCAUAACCAGUUCUCAAAAAUCAAUUUCUCCCACUUCCCGCGCCUAUUCAAUCUCCGCGCAUUAUAUCUGCAGUGGAAUCGAAUUCGCACAAUGAGCCAGGGCUUAACCUGGUCCUGGGCCUCAAUUCAGAAGUUGGAUCUGUCUGGAAAUGAUCUCACAGAAUUAGAUGCCGUUGUUUACCAAAACCUGCCCAACCUGCUUACUCUCAAUCUGGAUUCCAACAAGUUAACCAAUGUCACACAGGAGGUUGUGGACGCCUGGGUCUCUUUAACAAUGAUAAGUUUGGCCGGUAACGUUUGGGACUGUAGCCCUGCAAUCUGUCCUCUGAUCAUAUGGUUGAAGAACUUCAAAGGCGCCAAGGAGACAACUAUGAUCUGUGCCUCUCCGAAGAAAGCCCAGGGUGAAAAAGUGAUGGAUGCGGUUGAUGCUUUUGCCGUUUGUCAGGCAAACACUGGGACAUCCAUCACAGGUAGCUCCCGCCCAACCUUGUACAGUAUCCCAGGACAGUACGAGCAACGCCCUUCAAUGCAAACAUCACCUGCUGGCUCUGAAAAGAGAGGAGAUGGGUCCAUCAAAAUACCGACAAUGUCAACUGUUACCCAGUCUGCUGCUGUACCCCCAGAACAGGAAAUGGAACCUGUGUCAUUCCAUAAAAUUGUGGCUGGGAGUGUUGCUCUCUUUUUGUCUGUUGUGAUGAUUCUCCUGGUAAUCUACGUGUCCUGGAAGCGUUACCCCAGCAGUGUCAAGCAGCUGCAGGAGAAUUCAGCUGCCGCUUGCAAGAGACGUAAGAAGUCCAGAGAGACGGAGCGUACUCUUAGUUCUCCCCUCCAGGAGUACUAUGUGGACUACAAGCCCACUAAUUCAGAGGCCAUGGAUGUGCUCGUGAAUGGGACUGGACCCUGCACCUACACCAUCUCAGGCUCCCGAGAAUGCGAGGUCACACCAGACAUCUCCACCUGUUCCAACCUGCCUGCAUCCUCCUCUUCACCUCCUGUUCCGCACCAGAUGGGAGCGCUGACCUUCUAUCGCUAUGAACAGCCGAUUGUAGACUACUGCCAAGCUCAUCAACCCCUGCGGCUAAACAUGGGCUACGAGGGCCCGCCACGGGACUUGGAGGGCGUGGAGGACCUGGUGCCGUGUGACAGGCCAACGAUACAGACUGUCGCACUUCCUGCUGUGCCCUCCUCUACAAGCAUGAUGACCCCCGAACCAGGUCCACGUUCCCCUCCUCUUCCUCUAAGACCACCAACUGAUGGCCCCCACACCAGUCUUUACCACACACUAAAACCUCCAGCUCUCCCUAAAUUGGACCCUAAAGAGCUGGGACUAGUUGCGAGAAGCUUGACCAGGCCGUCUGACAAACAAUGACUUUGAAAUGAAGGGGCAGAUGAGCAGGUAACUUCAUUGGUCCUCAAUAUUAACAUGCAGAUCAAAUCUGGAAGCCUCGGAUGUAUUUCAGUUCUGAAGAAAGAGGAAAGGCUAUUAUUUUGGACAUAUUUCAACGAUCAACGAAACCAUCGACGACAUGGUAGCAGGGCACUUUCAGGAUUGAAAGGGAAUGUGCAAUAGAGGAAAGCUCUUUACGGCAAGAAUCUUCUUCUUGACAUUUCAACAAGAAAAGUCAGCAGUUUUUAUCAGAGGAGAGUCUCCAUCACAAUUUCAUCUGAAAUUUUCCAGUGACAAGUUGAUUAUCUUUGGCUAUCCGUGAGGAAAUGCACUCGCGCAGAACUUCAUGUCGUGCAUGUCAAACCAAAGAGUUCACUUACUUUUAAUGCACAUAAUACACAUUUGCUCGGGGGAUUCCGUUGCAGAAUUCACGUUCAAAAUUCCAAUCUCAUCUCGUGCUUGUCUCCGAUGAGCGUGAGUUGUCGCCACAGAUUAGCAAGCCGACUUGAUGCGACAAGAAAACAGCUCUCUUCAAGGCAGUUAUGUUGAUGGCGUUGUUAAAAUGAAGACAAUGGCCAUGCGAUUUUAACCGUGGCGUGAUCCACAUGUUUGGGCUUGUUUGCAGAGAGGUAUUUAUUGUGCGAUGCGUAAUGCUUUAAUGGGGGGUUAAAACUAUGUGGCUCAAAAGUACAUUGGAUUGCAACUAUUGUAUAUAAUCCGGAGUAGGUUCACCGACUGGAGGCCAAACCGCUCCCUCUGCCCCAACAGUGAUUUCAAAUGAUGACUGACUCGGCGCACAACAGAGCGCACCAUGUUGCUGUGUUUGCAAAGUCUUUGGCCAUGUGCUCCUGCUCCCCCUCCCCUCCCGCCCCCAUCACAGACGCAAGGAGUGGGGCCUUGUUGAUCCAGCACAUUGACCUCAGUAUGAACCCAUAACGCACUGGGAAUAUUGCCUGUCAUCCCCUUUUGUCCGGAGCUGCCUGCCUGCUGUGCAGAGACUCACUUGAUAACCUCUUGGCAAACUUGUCAAGCUUUGCUACUCAUUGACUGGUGGAGCCGAUGAGGAUUCAAGAUAAGGCCGUUCAGGCCUAUCAAGUGUCCAUUCUAGCUUAAUCCACGCAAUGCAAUGGGAUCAUUUUCUACCUGUCACCGAUAAUUGACCUGGAUCUGUUUUUUUUUUUUUUUUGCACCCACUCCAGAGAGAGUGAUUGGUCAGAUAAAGACAAUGAAAGGGAUCGAAACAUCACCUCACAGUGGCUGUAUCUAAGAGAUAAUUAUUUUUUUCAGUUGGACUUGAGAGAGCUUUUCAAGAUGUUCAAGAUGAUGUCAAGAAAUGAUGUAAGACUAAUCAGAGGACGAAAAAAUGGAUGGUACUUAUUUAUCGUGUAAAUAGUGAAUUUAAAAAAAAAAAAAAGGGAACUUCUUUUAAAGAGAAGAGGAGCCUUAUUCAUUUUCCAGUGGAAAUCUGUUUUCAAGAGAUUCCGACAGCCUGCUCCGGUUAUUUCGAUGAUGAAUAUUUUUCUAUUUGCUUCAAUCACUUUCAAUCAUUUUUUUUUUUUUUUCAGUCAUGAAAUACAAUUGAUACUACUUAAUUGUCCAAUGUCUCACUACGCAACCUCAGUGAUUCCCAUUUUCUUUUUCAAUUGAAAAAAAAAAGAGUUUAAACUCAUUGUUCAAGUGGUAACUGUAAGUCUCGUGAAAUACUUGAGAAGAUUAUUGUUUUUAUGUGCUAUAUUUCUCGUACCAACAUCUAGCCCUGAAGCGAACACAUCACCUGUUAUGAUGGUUUCAGGACAGAGAGCGGUGCCCCUCAUGUACAGAACGGCGCUUUAAAAAUCAGUUUGGUCUGUACGGUUGCUUCGUAAUGCUGGUGGAGCUUACAUUGUAACAGCUGCCGUGGCAAUGUCUUUGUAGUCCCCGGUUUCUUAAUUGCGCCAUGUAUUGUCUGCCUUGCUCUGAGUCAUCCUUUGGCCUGGAUUCCACAUUUACAAUAUACCUGCAUGAUGACAUUUGGGAACAUCAACCUCGACAAACAAAUGCUGUUUUCCCGACAGAAAUGUUCUGUGAUCCACAAGUCAUGGAGCACCUUAGUCACUUUAAUGCUUGUGUCUGGUACGACCACAUGCAUUUUUUAAGUAAUAGCACUGUUUUGUUUUUUUUAAUCUCUGAAGGGAAAAAAAUGCACCCUGGUAUAUCAGGUUUUUUAUUGUUAUUUAUCUACAGGUGGCUUUUUUUUUAACCCAAUAUUAUUGUCCUAAACAGUAUUGAUCAAUGAUUGUGACUGACUACUAUAAACUCUAUCAGGCAGCAAGUGGCAGAAAUGUUACGGCCUUUCUAAGACACACACUUCUUAGUCUGCUAAAGUACAAUGUUAUCGCUCGGGAACUGUCCGCUAAUCUGAGGCACGUUUUUUUUCUCUUCUUUUUUUAAUCCUCCAGCAGCUUUUUUGAUCAUUACUGCCCCUUGUCUGUGAGCUCUCCUGACUCCAGCGCUAACCCCUACUAAUUUGAGUGUUACUCGGUGCCCCCUCUCGAGUACCUUCUGUGUGUUUCCCUGUGCUUGCAUCUUGUUUCUGUGCUCGGCUGUUUAACAUUCAAUUAAGGCGACUGAAACUGAAGCAGUGGAAGUGACGUGUUAUCAAAAUAUUUUCCUGGUGUAACUACCCGCCAGCUAAUGUCAAAACAACAUCAAAACAAAUGCUCUCACUAACACCACAUUGUUACAUUGAUUUUCUUUCCAGCCAUCUGUAUCAAACCUUACUACCUAACUACACCUUGAGAGAAGGCAGGUGUGUAUUACAUCGCUUGGUGUUGUUGCAGCUGGAGAUCUAGGAGUCAGAUUUCUACCUCAGGUUGACCGGCAACACUCAUCACAAACUGGGGGGAAGAGGUUUGCAUCAAACAUCAAAACCACACAACCUUAUUCAUAUCUAUUUGACUUACUGUACGUAUUGCUCAUUCCACAUCUUUAGGUUUUUGAAACUGCUGUUACAGUGUUCCCUCAUUGGAUGACUUAAAAGAGGCUGGUGUUUGUUUUGGUGUGAGUGAGAACGUCUAUUCAGACUGACAGGCUGUGUGAAGCGCUGCACACACAUUCACACACACACGUAUACAUGCACACUAUGGAUUAGCGGGAAAGGUCACUAUAUUAAUCCUGCCCUACUAGAUGUGUUAUAUACACGUGUCAUGAUCAACGCAAUAUGUGGGAAGACCAGACACAGAUAACAGAUGCGUAACAUCAGGCUUCAACAACUGUGUUAAGGUCACCUAAGGCCAUUUGUGAUGGUCCAGUAGUUAGACGCCAUUACGUGAUAUUUGAAAAGUGAAUUCCCCUCCUCAUGUGGAUUUGCAGCCUUCUCUAGCCAUGAACAAUACAUCCUUGAAAUCCUGGCGCUGUAGUGUUUGUGCAGCUCAAAGUAUGUUUUUUUUUUUUUUUCUGAACGCAGAACGAUUUGCUUUUCUCUAACAAUGAGUUGACUCAUGUUCAGUGUUUUCAUUGUACAGAAAUUUGGCAUUUUAAUUCGACUGAAGAAGAAUGUAGUCACAGAUCAUGUUCAGACCAGUUUUUUUUUUUUUUUCUGAUCAAUACUGUAUCAUGAAAAGAGUUUAGAACGCAUUUGUCACAUUGGGUGACGACUUGACACAUGGGUGCUAGCAAGACUAAAGUGUAUGAGUGCACUUUACAUAAUUAUCAGUGCCCCUCCUCUUCUACCUCCGUUUAGUUAUUGGCUGCCAUCCGUUCACACCAAAGUGAUCUACAUUGAUUACAAUGGUUCCAUGCUGCUGAACACUAUCAUUGGUCUUUAACCCCUGGCCUGCGUUGUCCUGGCUGUUUUUUCCCUGCUUUUGUCACUGUGGACAGAGGAAGAUAAGGCGUGAUCAUUAGCUUCUGUCAGGGAAACACACUUUCUUUCUGUCUGACAAAAGCCCUAUUCGUACUCCUAAAUGGAGUUAAUGUUCUCACUGAAGACAAGGGGGUGUUUAUUUAAAUAGAUUGCUUUGACUCCUCACAGUUGGGACUCAAGCGCAGGUAAAAGAAAAGCCUUGACUGUGACCAACAACAGAAAUGGGUGCUCCAUGCAGACUCCUUUGUGUGCAAAUCCUUCAAAUACUGUACAAACCAUACCAUCUCAUGCAUUUCCUGCAGAGCGCGUCAUUUUCUGCAGGUUGUAAAUACGUGCUGCGCUGUUUUCUUUGGUUGUUGGUUUGUUGUAUAUUUUCUUUUUCACUUAUUUUGUCUUUAAUUUCAAUUUUAUUUAGAUUUUUUAUUUCUUUUUUUUACUGUAUUCAGCUAUUUUGUGGAAACAUGUUUCAAGCGCAAAAUGAUGGCUCUUCUUGGGGUAUAUUAUUGUCAGAAAAUGUUUUGUAAAAAUUUUGAUGAUGAUAUCUGAAAUAAACAUCUGCUGAUGGGA